AUGAACCUCUAUGGCAAGAAGAAGAUCUAUCAAGGCAUAGCUUCUGCAGCCAAUCUAAUACGGUCACUGAGGGCUAUAUUUUCAGAUACUGGUGUUCCUGUUUUGUUGAAAACUGAUGGAAGACCACAGUUUACUUCAUCAGCUUUAAGACGCUUUUUAUCUCACUGGGGAGUAGAACAUCGCAUUACUUCGCCAUAUCAUCCGAAGGCAAAUGGAUAUGCAGAAGCAUCAGUGAAAAUUAUCAAGAAGCUGAUUAUGACUACUGCUAAGAAUGGGAACCUGCAGAUGCGGAUGAAUUCGCCCGUGGAAUGUUGGAGCUUAGGAAUACACCUCGUGCUGAUGGCAGAUCACCAGCUCAAGUUUUAUUUGGUCAUCCCCUCAGGGCUUUUAUUCCAACACAUCGUCGCUCAUUUGCCAAAGAGUGGCAAAAGAAAGCAGAGGAAUGUGAUGUAUUUGCGAAUUCAGGCGAAGCAACGAUACGACAGUACUGCCAGACCCCUUUCUCAUUUGAAAAUGGGUAGUUAUGUUAAUGUUCAAGAUCACACCACAGGACUUUGGAAUCACCCAGGUGUUGUUGUCGGCAUUGGAUCCAGGCGAGAUUAUCUCAUAAAGAUGGGCAGUGGGAGCAUUUUGUGGAGAAACCGAAAGUUCCUGAGACCACAUCGAUCUUUUUUACCAAUAUAUGGAUCAAGCCUUGAUGCAACUAAUACUCCCAGUAAACCAAAGGAUGUGGAGAAGUCACAAGAUAAUUCUACUGCUGAGGUUAUUAGCAAAUCAAUCGAACCUACACCAGCUCCACGUCGUAGUUUGCGGCAUAGGAAAGAACCUGAUCGUCUACAACCUACAAGAGAUCAAACAAGUAGUAGUAAUGAAGAGAUAUAG